ACAAGUUCGAUUCUUGGAACAGUGGAAGAGAGUCCCAGGUCGCCUAAGUUCCCAGAGUCACCAUGAAGGCCGUUACUGUGAUGUGUCUGUUCCUGCUGGCUGCUCAGGCCUCUGCCAACCUCCUCGACGGCCUAGAACACCACGGCCACCACGGAGAACACGGAGAACACGGCCACCACGGAGAACACGGGGAACACGCGCAUGGAGAACAUGGGGAUCAUGCCCACGGUGACCACGCCCAUGGUGACCACGCCCACGGUGAACAUGGUGAUCAUGGACAUGGAGAACACGGAGAGCACGCCCAUGAUGACCACAGCGCUGGAGAAGCCCAUGGAGAGCACGCCCAUGACGAGGCUCACGACCACAGCCACGACAGCGUGCCGGUGAACCAGGACCCCUUCGCCAGCGCCCUCGCCAGCGACCUCGGCGGCGGCUUCCUCUCCUUCCCGACCGACGAGCCCGUCGAGUUCUCCACCGCGCCCGCGCCCGCCACCGCCGCCCCCGCCCCUGCCUUCAGCUCCUUCGAGCCCGCCGCCCCUUCCUUCGAGCAGGCCCCCCCGCCCUUGAACCCGCCGCCCCUUCCUUCGAGCAGGCCCCCCCCGCCCUUGAACCCGCCGCGCCGUCCUUCGAGCAGACCGCCUUCGAGCAGCCCCAAGCCGCCGAGACGCCCGCCACGCCCACCUUCGCCCCGGCCGCCGCCAACAGCCUCCAGUUCGCCGAAGAACCGAAGAGCAGCGACUUCGAGGCGGCGGCGUCGUCUUCGUCAGGAGAGGCGAAGCAGCUGGACAGCGGCAGCGCCCCCUCGGCGCGCUCCUCCGACUACCCCGAGUACGCCUUCGUGCCCAGGACGUCGUUCAGCUGCGCCGCGCAGGAGACCGGCGGCUACUUCGCGGACCCCGAGGCCGAGUGCCAGGUGUUCCACAUCUGCCUGAACGGCCAGAACAUGGGCUCCUUCCUGUGUCCGAACGGCACGCUCUUCCACCAGCAGUACUUCGUGUGCGACUGGUGGUACAACGUGGACUGCGCCGCCGCCGCGCAGAGCUACGGCCUCAACGCCCAGAU